GCCAACUUCAAUAAUAGCUGUUAUCAACUAUUCUAUACCAGUGAUACUAACUUAAAAUGGAUUUUGAACUUGAACCAACUCUUGAAUCUAUCAUCUCUCACGACUCCCUUAAGUGGAUUUUCGUUGGAGGAAAGGGUGGUGUUGGUAAGACCACUACUUCUUCUUCCAUUGCCGUCCAACUUGCCCUCGCAAAGCCAUACGAAGAAUUUCUUCUUAUUUCCACUGAUCCAGCCCAUAACUUGAGUGAUGCCUUUUGUCAAAAGUUUGGUAAGGAUGCUCGUAGAGUGGAAGGAUUGCCUAACUUGUCCUGUAUGGAAAUCGACCCUGAAGCUGCCAUGUCUGACCUUCAACAACAAGCCUCUCAAUACAACAAUGAUCCUAAUGAUCCAUUGAAGAGUAUGAUGAGUGACAUGACUGGGUCUAUUCCAGGUAUUGAUGAAGCAUUAUCCUUCAUGGAAGUUUUGAAGCACAUCAAGAACCAAAAGGGAGAAUCUGCCGAUGGUAGUAUUACCAAUGGUAAGGAAUCUGCUGUACAAUACAAGACCAUUAUCUUUGACACUGCCCCAACAGGUCACACCUUGAGAUUCCUUCAACUUCCUGCUACUUUGGAAAAAUUACUCUCCAAGUUCAAGGAUUUGUCUGGUAAAUUAGGCCCAAUGUUGAGCAUGAUGGGUGGUGGUGGAGCACAACAACAAGAUAUCUUUGAAAAAUUGAAUGAGAUUCAACGUAAUGUGAGUGAAGUCAACGCUCAAUUCACCAACCCAGACUUGACCACCUUUGUGUGUGUAUGUAUUUCUGAAUUCUUGUCACUUUAUGAAACUGAAAGAAUGAUUCAAGAAUUAAUGUCGUACAAUAUGGAUGUCAACUCCAUUGUGGUCAACCAAUUACUUUUCGCAGACCAAGAUGAUUGUAAGCGUUGUGGAUCUAGAUGGAAGAUGCAACGUAAGUACUUAGAUCAAAUGGCUGAGUUGUAUGAAGAUUACCAUUUGAUUAAAAUGCCAUUAUUGGGUACCGAAAUCAGAGGUAUUGAGAAUUUGAAGAAGUUUUCUAGAUUCUUAUUGACUCCAUAUGACCCAAAGAGAGAUGGUUCAUUAGUUUUUGAUUUGGUUGAACAAUAGGAAUAUAGAUAUGUGUAAUUAGCGAUAAUAAAGAUUGGAGA